UUCCAGCGAUGGCGACCGUCCAUGUCACUGACGACGGUCCAUUUCCUGCUCGCUGGUGGAGUUGGUGCUUUCUGGCUCACAGUCCCCGUGAGCCUUCCAGAGGCAGAUGAGACGGACGUCUGGGAUUUGACCUGGAAUACCAGCGCCGAGUCCGCGGAAUCUUUGGUGAACCGUCUGGAGAAAAGCCUUGGGGGCCAAGGACUUCGAUUACACUUCGGCAAUUUGGAGUCUUCAGAUGAGACCGCCAUCCCUAUGGUGACGACCCCUGACUUUCUGAUCAUGAGAGAGGCGGUGGGGCCAACGACCUUCCUGACCUGGAGCCAGUUCCUUGGAUCGAUGUACAUGCAACUGGCGAACUUUCGCCCCGAUGUGGCGCUGCGAAUUGAGCUGGCGCCCUAUCGUGACGCCCAGGCCGUGGCGACCACGGGGCUCUUUCUGCUCCAGUCGCCCAACACGGUGAUCUGGCACAUCCUUCCCAGGGCCAUCCAGGAUGUCUGGAGCUACUUCCGGCAGUUCCGUCUCCACGUCUUGGUGCACGGCCUGGAGGACUUUGCGCCGCAGCUCUGGCGCCGGGCGCUGGGCAGCGCCCUCGGGGCCUUGGGGGGUCUCCAUUGGUGCGGCUCUGUGAACCGCGCACCCAAGUUCAAUCGGCGCCUGGCUGAAAGUCGCAACACUGACAACUACUUCAACAAGGUCUUUAUGAUGUUGGCGAUUGCCGAGCACCAGCAUUUUCAAUGGAUACUCUCUGUAGAUGAUGACGUGUUCUUGCCACCAGCCUCUCUGAUGUCACUGUUGAGAAGUGGACCAAUGGCAGAUGAGCGCGGCUGUGGAGUGCUGCUGCCAUUGACUCAGAAUGGCAUCCCAUCAACUGAAACCUUUGCCAGAUCUUGGUUGUCAGAAAUGGAUCGAGCAGAGCUCUUCCGCUGCUUCUCACAGAGUUCUGGACAGUUUUGCACAGAUGGGAGCUUGAUGCAGAACUGUUGGAAUGCCACUGAUGACAGCAUCCCUGCCGUCCCUGUUCCUGACCCUUGGGAUGAAGUGACUUGGUAUGCGAACGUGAAAGAACGCUUCGCACUGCGCUGGUGGAAGAAUCACCCUGUCGCUGGGAAUAUGAGUUGCAUGUUGCUGGUCUUGAAUCUGGCGCUGAAAGGGGUGGACAGCAAAUGGUUUCAUUCACUUUCAGAGGCUGGGAACAUCAUGGUGGACUCUGAGUUUCAGUAUCCAUACUUUGCGAACAACGUGUUUCUGAUGCGGUUUGACCGAUAUGUGCGCGUGAUGGCACAUCCGGACUGCUGCCAGGGAACUGACGAACGAGCCAUGAAUCAAGUUCUACAGGAGGAGCGCGCCCCGCUGUGCAUGGACCUGCAGACCUUUGGCCUUCAUCCCGCGUGGGGCAACUUCGGACAAACCAUGAAGAACGCCGUGGAACUGCAGACCUCUGAGCUGAUGAAAGAUCUCUUUCCUGCCCAGUGGUUUGCCAAAAAAGAUCGGCAUAUGCUGUGUGUGGUGUUUUGGGGUGGACGUGGUGUGGUCUUGGUGACCUGCUUGGGUGCCUACUUUUUGUCCAUGGCAAUGAUCUACCAGAUGAGUCCCUUCUUCGAAGUCUACGCUCGCAAGAGUUGCGGUGCCAGCAGUUUGACCGUGGGUUUUAUCUUCGCAGCCAUGCCCAUGAGCAGCUUUGUUGGGAACCUGGGGAUGGAUGGGAUGAUCCGAAGAUUUGGGGUGGAAGUGAUGAUGAAUGUGGGCCUCAUCCUGUUAGCUGCGAGUUCUUUGGGCUUUGGAUUAUCCCAAAAUGUGACGGGCUGGUUGUGCUGGCGCUCCAUGCAGGGGUUCGCCACUGCACCCAUCUACACCUCCAUCAGUACGCGGCUGGCGCGUACAUUCACAGGCGAGGGAGAGUUCCAUCGCGUGGUGGGGCUGCAGGAAGUCUGUGGCAAUGUGGGGGUGACCCUUGGUCCAUUGCUGGGUGGAAUGCUCUUCCAAUAUGGCGGCUUUUCUUUGCCCUUCAUCGUCAGUGCUGGGUUGCACCUGCUCUUUGUUGGUAUAUCUUUGCUCUCAAUAUGUUGCAAGGAAACCAAGAGUGGCAGCGAGGAAGCUGAACCCUCGGAUGCUCAUGGCUUGGAAGCAGGCCCCAUCUCUGAAGAUCCCACUGUGACCAUUUGCUCCGUUGCCACGGUGCGACUGCUGCUGCUGAGUGGCAUCUCCACCUUGUGUUUGGGGGUUUGGGGUGCUUUCGAGCCCCUGCUGGCAGAUCAUUUUGUGAAAAUCCUGGGUCACAUCGAUCACACCUUCAUCGGCUUCUUGAUGUCGCUCUCAGCCGUGCCCAGCACCUUUGCAGCUAUGGCGGUGCCCAGCCUGUUGCGGUGUGUCAGAGCCAAGUGGCUGAUGGCAGGGGGCCUGGUGAUCUAUGGCUUUGGGUCAUUUUCCAUGGGCAGCUGGGAGCUGCUGUCCCCUUGGGCGUCCCAGAUUGGGGGUCUGCUGCUGAUUGGCUGCGGCUGGGGCCUAUGCUGGACCCCAGUGCUUCCCAGCAUGGUGGAGGCUGCUGUAGCGCAGCUGAAGGACACCCCAGCGGACCAGGGCCGUCACGCGGUGUCCCCUGCCGUGUCCUCUGUUUUCAACGCCUCAGCUGCCCUGGGUGAGGCGGUGGGGCCCCUGAUGGGCACCUGGUUGUUGCCGAAGAACUUCCAGCUGGGGCCCAAGGUCAUCGCCAUCUUCUUGGUGGUCUAUGCUGCGUGCACCUACUUCAGUGAUCCAGGCAGUGAGAAAGGCAUCGAGCUGCAGACGGAGCAGCUACCAACACAGACGCGCUUGAGGUCCGUGCUGCCUAACCCUGAGAAUCCUGAGCUUGAGGGCUAA